AUGCCGCUCGCGGCCGACGUCCUGGACGGCGCGUCCACCGCGACGCUGACGCACCGGGCCGGCAAGGCGGUGCGAAGGAGAAGCAGCGUGGCACACAACGGCGACUCGCGGUACGACGCGUGCUCCGUCGACGGCGUGGCCGGCCUCCGCGAGCUCCUCUUCGUCCGAGCCUACAUCUUCGAGUGGGCGCUGGUCCUCGUGCUCGUCGCGUUCUCCCUCGCGGUGCCCGCCGCGUCGAGCCCCGGCAGCGCGUCGCUCGUCGCGUCCCUCUCCUCCACCGCCAUGGCGCUGGGCAUCCCCGCGGGCAUCUUCCUGGCCGGGCAAGUCGUCCUCCGGAACCUCGUCGACCUCCACCACUCCGUCCUCACCCUCUGCGAGGCCUACGCCCUCGCGCUCACCUUCAAGCGGUGGCUAGGCGGCCUGUGCAGCGUCGCGGCGCUGGCGGCGCCCGAGGCGGCGUCGCCCGCCGCCGCGCUGCUCCCGCUGGCGCGCAGCGCCGCGCACCCGUCCUGCCAGGCCACGUACGUCGCGAUCGCGACCACCGUGCUCGCGCUGUACCUCCUCGGCAAGCUGCGGGUGCUGGCGAAGCCGACGCGCGGGGCGUUCCUGAAAGCGGUCGCGGUGCUCGCGGCGCUGACGGCGACGGGGUACCUCGUGCGGUCCUCGCACUCCCUGCUCCAGGGCGCGCCCGCGCCCGCGGGCGGGUGGUCGGGCGUGGCGGCCGCGGCGCCGAGCGGCGAGACGCACGUCGGCGCCUUUCUGGGGCUCGUUUGCGGGAGCUUCUGCUACUCGCUGAACUACCCGAGCGUGCUGUCGCCGGACUCGGGCCACCCUCGCCUCGCGCCGGUCCCGCUGUCGGUCCGGGACCUCGUGUCGGGCCCGGGGGGGUCGGGCGCGAGCUCCCCGGGGGGGUCGCCGCGGUGCAGCGACGGGAUCUCGCCGCGGUGCAGCGGCCACGCUGCCGCGCUGAAGUGA